UGUCUGCCCCUCUCCACAGUCGCCAUCACCAGUCGGAACGGAGCGACUCCAGCCGGCGUGAAGGAUGACGAGAGCAAAGCAGCGGGAGCCUUGGAGAGCAGGAUUCCUGAAGGAGAACUUUUGUUGCAGGCUCUCAACGGCUUCGUCCUGGUGGUCACAGCCAGCGGGACCAUCUUCUACUCCUCUCACACCAUCCAGGACUACCUGGGCUUCCACCAGACGGAUGUCAUGCACCAGAGCGUGUACGAGCUGGUCCAUACUGAAGACCAGCAGGAGCUCAGGAGGAACCUGCACUGGGCUCUAAAUCCUCCUCCUGCUGCUGCGCCCGCCAUCACCCAGGACUCCCCCCAAGAGAUGGAACCCGACAGCAGCUCAUCCGUGGUCACCUACAAACCCGAGCAGCUUCCUCCAGAGAACUCGUCCUUCCUGGAGAGGAGCUUCGUUUGUCGCUUCCGCUGCCUCCUGGACAACUCAUCGGGCUUCCUGGCGUUGAACAUCCAGGGCAGACUGAAGUUCCUGCAUGGACAGAACCAGCGGCAGGAAAAUGGAGGAAAGGCCCCGCCUCAGCUCGCUCUCUUUGCCAUUGCGACUCCUCUGCAGCCUCCGUCCAUCCUGGAGAUCAGAACCAAGAACAUGAUCUUCAGGACCAAACACAAACUGGACUUCACCCCGCUGGCCUGCGAUGCAAAGGGGAAGAUAGUGCUCGGGUACACCGAGGCAGAACUCAGGGUACGAGGAUCUGGAUAUCAGUUCAUCCAUGCAGCAGAUAUGUUGUACUGCGCAGAGAACCACGUCAGAAUGAUGAAGACCGGAGAGAGUGGUCUCACCGUGUUCCGGCUUCUCACCAAGGAGAAUCGCUGGAAAUGGGUCCAGGCCAACGCCAGGCUGGUGUACAAGACCGGCAAACCGGACUACAUCAUCGCCACCCAGAGGCCUCUUUUGGACGAAGAGGGGGGAGAACACUUGCGUAAACGCUCCAUGCACCUACCCUUCACCUACGCUACGGGUGAGGCUCUGCUCUACCAGUCCAACCAUCCCAUAGCAGGCUUCAGAGAUGGAAGCCAUGAGAAAAAUGGCAGUAAGUCGAAGAAGAGUCGGACUGACAGGCUGGUCAGGGACGGUCUUGACCCUGGCUCUCUUCUUGGGGCACUCAUGAGUCAGGAUGAAUCAGUGUAUGUUUGCCAGCCCGCCCUGGAGCCCAAAAUGUCAUUUAGCAGCUUCUUUGGUGACCAAAUGGGCUUCUCUGACACAGAAGGGUCCAGCUUGCACAGGAGCUGGGACGAGCCGAGCAAUGGUGUGUUGGGUCCAGGUAUUGCAGGAGCCAGCACCAGCUUCGACCCGCUGUUGGCUACUCUGGACUCGCUUUCGUUGGAAGGCCAGGGGGUUGUGGAUUCAGAGGAGGGGGCUUGUUCGAAUGGCGAGCUGUUUGGGGCUCUGGAAGGCCUGGGACUGAGUGCCGAAGACCUUGAGCUGCUCUUGUUGGAUGAGAGGAUGAUCAGAGUUGAGAUGGACCCUGAGCGAGUGCCCACCUUGGACGAUCUGCUCACAAACGAUGAGAUCCUCUCAUACAUCUAUGACACAAUCGAGGGAAAGACUGAUUCCACGGAUCAUGGAGUACAGGUGCCUCCCAGUACUUCUUCGGCAACAGCCACCACCGUUUCAGGAUCUGAAAGUAACACCACCCCUGAUGCUAAUGUUCAAAUGCAGUUUCCUCACCAUAAGCCUCCCUUGAUGGGACAGGCUCCCAUCAUCCAGCUGUCCCAGCAGAUGCAACAGCACCUCAACAUGCGACCAGGUAAAGUGGCACACGACUGGCACCAGAGUGACCUUUUGGCUAGUUCGGUAGUCAACGGAGACCUGCUGGGCCAAAAUCAAUCAGUAACCAACGGACAGUGGACGGCCCAAGGCAUUCUCACCAGUGCCGGGAUACAAAUAGAUCACUACAACACGCAACAGACUUUUUUCAAUGGCAAAGCCUCGGAGCGGGACGGCAACCCUCAUCAGCAGCAGCAACCACAUCCACACUUCCUUCAGCAACAACAGCAGCAGCAGCACCCACCCAUGAUGCAGAACCACCUCUCACAACAGUGCCAUGCCAAACAGAAGGCAACCAACCUCAACGGACUGUGUGGUUUGUCCAGCACAGAGAAUUCGGCAGGGAAAUCCCAGUGGCAGGACUUUGGAUUCAGCGAGAAUCUUGGCAGCACCUCCUGCCUCGAUAACAGCCAAAAACCUCUGACAAACACCUCACUAGAUUCUUGCAUGGAUUAUAGCAUGCCUGAUAUUGACAAUAUGGAUUACUCUGUAAGUGGAAGUGGUAUGUUUGGGAGGAGCGCACAGCAGCAUGUGGCCGAGUCCACGGUGUCAUCCUUCCAGGGGAUGAACCAUAAACGGCAGCAGGAGCAGAUCCCGGUUCCGUUGGCCCAGGUCAUCUCCAGCCUGUCGCAGUGCCCUCCGCCCAACGCCUCCCUGGAGCAGAUCCUGGGAGUGAGCAAGCCCUGUCGGCAGUUGGACCACUUUGGUGUGGUGACCUCUGAGAUUUCUCACGACCCAAGCCCCAAUAAGAUGGAGAACGGCUGCAUCCUGAACAGUACGUACCCAGGAGGAUGUGCUCUGCCCAACAUGAACGGAGCAGCGCCCCCUGCUGUGCAGAUGCCCGUCCCCGACACUCUGUCCAGCCUCCCCGACCCUCCAGCCACCGGUUUCUACCUCUGACCAUCUGACCAGGAACAGUCAUGCAGCAGGACUCUGUUAAAGGCCAGAACGCACUCUGGCAACGACUGGGCCAGCCUUAUUUAGAAAAACUCAACGAACAGAGCGGAAUUAACGUAGACCGAAAUGUUCUUUCUUUCAGUGCAAAUUUGUAAUAUAUAUAUUUUUUGUUUUGUUUGUGAGGGAGGGAGGGAGCAGGAUCAUUGUGUUGUAUUUACAGUCAUAUUAUCAUACGAGUCCUUUGUUUACAAUAAUGCAGUCAAGAGCGCUCAGUUGAGUUUAUUUAAAGAGACAGCGCGAGGUUAAGACGAAGGUUUUUAAUCUGCGUUCAGAUACAACACGAAGAUCACGAUUUGGAGGAAGCUAAAUGAGCAACACGACGGAGGAUUCUCUACAGAUGAGUUCAGGUGGACGCUUUAGACCAGAGGACCUCAACUCGUCUCGCCUCAGGACCCGCCGCCAACAAAAUAUUUCAACCAAUCAGAUUCAUUUAAGCCCCGCCCCACCAGUUGAAAAGCACUGGUUUAGCUCUGUGCAGAUUUUCUUUAUCGUCUUAUAUUGAAAACUUUUGACCCCUCGAAACGACUCGUCUUAAUGUUCAGAAACUUCAUUUUAUUUUACAUUAAACCCCCAAAAACAUCAAAUCUACCAUAAUGCAUCUGUGACGUGGAAGCAGAGAAACAACGAGGAAGAGGUCGUCUGAACACGUGGAUUAUUGAUAUCUGAGCGAGCGCCACGUGCAGUUUGUUGUCUUCUUUCUUUUUUUUGUUUCAUCAGAAAUUUCACAGAAAUCGAAAUUCGGUUUAAGUUUAAAGUCAAUCGAUUCGUUUGUAUCUGAACGCAUCACAACACACACACACACACACACACACACACACACACACACACACACACACACACACACACACACACACACA